AUUCAGCGUGUUCUGCAGCACUGACAGAGAUUUGGGUUCCCACCAUGCUGCUGCACCAGCCUGUUCCCUAGUUGAAUGCUGUGGUCUAUGGGCUCCUGUUUCUGUUUCUUCAAGGUCUCCACCUAUUGCAUCAGGUCUAAACUGCUUGCACAAGGCCCAGGUUAAUCCUGCCUGUUAGUGAACUGCAGUGUGCCACCCAGAAGCACAGAAACAACCCUGUGAUCCAACCAUGCCACUGGACCGACUUCCUGCCUGCCUGACUGCAAUUAUCUGUGGAUUCCUGCUUCUUCCACUCCGGAUCCAGGGCCAGGACCCAGCCAGCCCCAUCAGGACCACACACACCGGGCAGGUGCGGGGCAGCCUCGUCCAUGUGAAGAACACCAAUGUGGGAGUCCACACCUUCCUGGGAAUUCCCUUUGCCAAACCACCUGUAGGACCACUGCGGUUUGCCCCUCCAGAGCCCCCUGAACCUUGGAGUGGAGUGAGGGAUGGCACCUCCCACCCAGCCAUGUGUCUGCAAAAUGCUGAAGGAAUUUAUGCCAUGGCCACAAACAAGUUGAAUAUGACCGUGCCUGUCGUCCCUGUGUCUGAGGAUUGCCUGUACCUCAGUAUCUACUCACCUGCCCAUGCUCAUGAAGGCUCUAACCUGUCUGUAAUGGUGUGGAUCCAUGGUGGGGGAUUAGUUAUAGGCAUGGCUUCCUUGUAUGAUGGGUCCGUGCUGGCAGCCACUGAGGAUGUGGUGGUGGUCAUUAUCCAGUACCGCCUGGGAAUCCCGGGCUUCUUCAGCACUGGAGACCAGCAUGCCACUGGCAACUGGGGCUUCCUGGACCAAGUGGCCGCCCUACGCUGGGUCCAGCAGAACAUCGCUCACUUUGGAGGAAACCCCCACCGUGUCACCAUUUUUGGUGAGUCUGCAGGUGGCACAAGUGUGUCCUCACAUGUCCUGUCACCUGUGUCUCAAGGACUCUUCCACGGGGCCAUCAUGGAGAGUGGAGUGGUCCUGGUACCUGGCUUCAUCUCUAAUUCCUCUGAGGAGAUUGUCAAGAUGGUGGCCAACCUGUCUGCCUGUGAGCAGGUGGAUUCAGAGGCCCUGGUGCGCUGCCUGAGGGGCAAGAGUGAAGAGGAAAUGCUGGCUAUUACUAAGGCCCUCCCUCUCGUCUCUGGUGUGGUGGAUGGGAUCUUCCUACUCAAGCACCCUCAGGAGCUGCUGGCCUCUUCUGACUUUCAACCUGUCCCCAGCAUCAUUGGUGUCAACAAUGAUGAGUUUGGCUGGUUCAUCCCCAAGUUCAUGGGCAUAGGAAACACUGAGGAGAAUAUGGACAGAAAAACGAUCCGGGCUGCUCUGCAGAAAGUGGGUCCCAUGUUAUCUGCUGAGUGUAUUGACCUGGUGAUAGAGGAGUAUGUGGGUGACACUGAGGACCCCUCUGCCCUCCAAGCCCAGUUCCACGAGAUGAUGGAGGACUUCUUGUUUGUGAUCCCUGCACUGCAAGUAGCACAUUUUCAGAGCUCCCAUGCCCCCGUUUACUUCUACGAGUUCCAGCAUCGUCCCAGCUUCUUCAAGAAACCCCCCCACGUGAAGGCCGACCAUGCUGAUGAGAUUUCCUUUGUCUUUGGAUCUUCCUUGUGGGGCAGCAACGUUGACUUCACUGAGGAGGAGAAGCUACUGAACAGAAGGAUGAUGAAGUACUGGGCCAACUUUGCUCGGAAUGGGAACCCCAACAGUGAGGACCUGAUACAUUGGCCCACAUUGGACCAGAAUGAGCAAUACCUACAGCUGGACAUCCAUCCUGCAGUGGGCCACGCCCUGAAGGCCUCCAAGCUGAAGUUCUGGACCAAGACCCUGCCCCAGAAGAUCCAGGAGCUCAAGGGCACUAAGAAGAAGCAAAUAGAGCUAUAGUGGUCUAUGUGAGGAGGUGUGAGCUUGAGUGCUGGUUGGGCCAACAUGAGGUGCCCAUACAUUUACCAUGAAAUAGGAAUCAGCUCCAACAUUCACUUUG